AUGGCCCCAUAUCUAUUCCCCUACCCCGUUCCGGGAUCGGUAACGUUCUCGACGCUUCUGCUCGACCGAUCGGGCACAUACACUACACAGCUCGCCGAAGCGACUGUUGCUCGGACCCGGCUCCAAGCAGCUCUCAAGGCCGCCGCCGAUGGUCAGCCGGGCAGCAGCGCCCUUGCAGUCCUAGAGGUGUAUCACCCCUACCUCCUCGCGAUCAUGUCGUGCAUUGACGGCGACGACCUCCUUUACAAGGGAGAUCCGGUCUUUCCCUGGCGGCCGGCUCUAACGAGCUAUCAUCUCUCGACACCAACGCUCUCGCUCCCGACGAUCCAAGUGGAGCACUACUUCGUCCUCCUGGUGCACACGAUAGCGCUGGCGAACUAUGCUCACUCGAUCUUGGACGGACUUCCUCAGUUCGAGGCCAAGGGAGGACAGGCACCUAUCAUCACGAAAGAAGAUGAGCAGAAGACUUCGGCGGGCCUGACACGGGCCGUUGACCUGUUAUCACAGGCCGCCGGAAUAGCCGAGUACACGGCGGAGAACAUUACUCCGCAGCUCGACGCGGGGCGGACGACGACAGGAGGGAGACUGGGCAAGUACCGUUGGCCCGUUGAGACGGGCGGCGAAGCUAUGACAGGUCUUAGCAUGUACGUCUGUUUCAGAGGGAAAGGAAGCGAAGCUGUCAAGGGUCUAUCCUACAAGUACCUAGGAAUCGAUGAAGCGUCCAAAUCCCUGGGUCAGUCGCUGGCUCUUCUGCAGGAGUCGGGGAGGUGUCUGGAAGAUCUGAAGGACUCGAAGCUGGAGAGUAAGAUGAAGGGCCUGAACUUCAACAAGGACAAGAAGAAGGCCGAGGCAGUUCGGAACUUGCGGCAAAGCAGGAUCGAUCGGGAGUACUACUCGGUUCAGGCGUGGCUGCAGGCGAACAAGAAGCUGAACGACACGGUCAACUUCGAGCGUGUGCCGCCGUUCCAAGAGGUCGUCAUUCCGCCUGGACGGCCGAUCUUCUCAGCGAAGAAGUACACGCUGCCGAAGCUCAAGUUUGCCCCCAGCCAUAUCGAGGAGGAAGAGGAAAAGCAGGAAGCCGAGUACGCUGGACGAGGCAAUUACUUUUAG